AUGGAUGACAAACAAAUUAUCUUAUUCUUCUUCGUGGCAAUUUGUCUUUUGGGACAACGAAUGGUAUCAGGUAAGUUUACAGCAAAAAUAUAUCGAUGCUUUGCAUGUUUACGUCCUGAAGCAUAAUUUGACACCAUGCAAGUCAAACAGCGAAGUAUCUGAUUUUCAUCCAAUUUGCGAUAAAUAUCUUUUAUAAACCCAUAAACCUCGCAUUUUCCCCGUGGACCCAUCUCUAUACCGACUUCUUUCCGAAUCGUGAUCAGUUUCGUCUAGUAUUGCUCUUCAGUUCAAACGCAUUUUUCAGUCACGCUUGGUCGCAUCACAAUGGCGGAAUAAUAACUUUCACUUUCCAAACAUUGCGGAAAUAAGACCGCAGGCAAUGAUGUAACUUGAUUUGCACUUAAAAAUUAAAGAAAGGCAUAUCUUGGAAGGAAAGUCUUUAAAGGGACCACUAAGAAAUGUGACCUGAAAGCAAAAACAGUCACAGUAUUAAAAGGAUGGUACACGUAAAUAGUUUACGGUUAACUGAACAAAAGUUUUUAAAUUCCAUUUCCCUUUAAAAGGAUAACGAUAAGCGUGGAACAGUCGGGCAAAGCAAAACUUAAACGGCUACGAAAUUUUGCAACGGAAAGCCGAUCGAGAACGUUAAUUGGCUGAACAAGAUCCAAAAACAUCCGCCUCAAAAGAUAUAGACUUUAAAAAAGUAGGUUGUUAUACGUGGGUGCAAUACCGUAUGUUUAACAUUCGUUUGAACAAGAUGCUUAAAUUGGUCUAGCUGAUAGAUGCAUUCUAGGCAAACAGUAAUUUCAAUGUUUUAUCCCUUUUUGUAGCAUCAUGUGAACAAGUUGAUGUAGGAGUGAGCUGGUACAUUCUCGACAAUCAGUUAAAUGCUUCCUCUGAACUGAAUGCCAGCACACCAGCAAAGAAUGGUCGACUGAACUUUGUAGCGGGAUCAUCAUGGUGUGCAUCCACGAGUGACAGCGGUCCAUAUCUACAGAUUGACUUACGGAUUCCUCAUAUCAUCUGUGCUGUAUCCACUCAGGGGAAUUCCCAGGGGAGUCAGUGGGUGGAGUCUUACACCCUACAGUCAUCUACAAAUGGGACAACUUGGACAGACUAUAAAGAAAAUGGAAAAGUUAAGGUAGUUGAAGUUAAAGGGCGCAUAUAUUAAUGGCCUGACCUGUCACUUUAAAAAGAAAAAAAUGCUUUUUUCUAGAGUUUUUUUUUUUUUUUUGGCAUAAAAAGACGAUCUCUUCCUACCACCCUACUUAGGAUAAGACUGGUCUGGCUGCAAACACAGUUCUGAUUGAUAGGAAGCUGAAACCCAUUUUCUGCUGCAUGAAGCACCUAGGAGUAUAAAUUGCUUCUCUCCUUUGAAUGGAAUGCUAGUCUGUUCAAAGGUUACCUUACGAAAUUUGUUGCACUUAUAUACUGAGGUGGAAGAAUGACAAGCGUGUAAAGGAGCAAAGUUUGUUAUCUAAGGGAGUAAUGCCAUGUGGCAAAGAUAAUUGAAUCCAGAAGGGAGAAGUGGGAAGUGAGGGGGUGAUAUCCCAUUGGGUUCACAGGAAAGUCACUAAGUGCUAGUGACCAGGAAUUUCCUAGCUAUGUCCUACUGCCAGUACGACCCCUGGCUACUUUCAAAGGAAACAAAAGGAAAGCAGACUGAACCAAUAGAAUGUCCUAGCUGUUCAAAUCAUUACCUAUAAUUUGCAUAUAUCUUGCAACUUAGUGACAGCCCUGCGUUUAGUAAACUGAACUCUCCGCUAUCUUUAUUUAAGAAUCACCUCCUAAAUGCUAAGCCUUUUUUUGUUUUUAAUUUUUUUCCAGACCUUCAAUGGAAACUUCGAUCAGAACACAGUAGAAAAACAAAUCUUGUUCAGUGCAUUUGUUGCCAGAUACUUGCGUUUUGUUGUUGGGUCCAAACAUGGUGAAGCUUGUUUACGAGUAGAAGUCUCUGGCAUACCUAGAAGCAGAGGUUUGAUUAUUGAGGAUAUUCUUCAGUUUUCAAGGAAUUUAGUUUUUUACCCAGUUGUGGAACCUUCCUUCACAUCAUUGAUAUGAUCUUUUUCUUUUUGCGACCACAUCAGCUCUUCAACCAUUAUCUUUCUCUUUCUUUUUUAAAAAUCUUGUUAACAUACAGUCUUUGCAAGUAAUUCACUGUAUGCCGUAGUCUCUCCUCACUCCUUGCCACUAAAGACAUUUCACAGGAAAGAGGUCUGCAAUUUUGCCACAAAGAUUUCAUUUUGAUGAUCAUAUGUAGAUUUGUCUCUGGAAUCUGGUCAACGAGCAGGGAUUGGUCAAAGUAGUGGCAAAUGACAGACAAAAAGACAAAAGGUCACAAUGAUGUACAGUAAAUGCCAUGAAUCAACUAAAAAGUCAUUAUUCAUGGAAUAUUAUCUUCUUUACAAGAAGAAUUUGAGUUUUGCUGCUGCUCUUUCACAGAAGAAACCAAAACCUUAACGAUAACACACCAGGAGAGACUUAGACUCAAACAAUUUUAUAUCUAGAACCCCAUCACUACCAGAUUAAUUUUGUAAACAUUGAUUUACGUCAUCAAUAUGGAAUUUUUGGGGCUAUUUCACAGAUGGCUCUCCUGUGAAAGGUCACCAGUGGCGAGGAUUAAGGAGAGAUGGUAGUGUAUUUGCAGGCUAGUUUGUGGCCAACCUGUCAAAAUUAAGAGGUUUAAUUUUUGAACAGUUACCGAUUAAAUACUUGCCAUGACCAUUGUUUUGUACAGCACUGCAGACACACUACAUGUACAGCUGCUAUACACGUACUCUGAACAUUAACAGGAGUAUUCAGAAAGGCCUUCAAUACUUGAUUUUCCUUUCAGUGUUGAAGGCUGUGCUGUAAUAAAAAUUCUAAGGAGCCGAAUGCUCUGCACCUAGCUGUGAAAUCCAGGGUGCCCAGCAUAUGAUUUCCAUGCAGACGCUGAGAUCUUCUAGUCCCCAAGAACAGAAGUAAGGACCCAGUGGUCUCCAAAGAGGGGGAGAGCACAGCCUGCAACCCUGCUGCGUUUAUCUGUAAUUUCUAUUAUUCGUUUGGUUUUUAGUUCCGAGAAAUAUUGCCCUUUUCAAGCCAACAAGUCAGUCAAGUGCAUACAGUGAUUCGAUAUCCUACCCUGCUAGCAAUGCAGUGGAUGGAGAUAGGGGUACAGACAUCAGCAAAUGUACACACACUCUCAAAGAAAACAAUCCUUGGUGGAGAGUAGACCUGGGGCGAGUACAGCCUGUAGCUGAAGUGAAUAUACUCAACAGAGACACACUGUCAAACAGAUUGGAUGGAGCUGAGAUAAGAGUGGGUAGGUAGUAAGUGUGGGAGAUGCUGUAAUCAGUUGCUUUACCUUGUUCAGAAGUGUUCCUUGUUAAUUUUGGAAUAUUUUAAUUAACUGAAAUUAUUUUCCAUUGGCUUUUAAGUUAAGCUAGAUUUCUCAGAAGAAAAGUAUGUGAAAGUGAUCACUGUGCUUUGUAAAAGUGUACAUGUAUUUAGUAUCAAUAGCAUUUUCUUCCUACAUAGUUACAUUCAUGUAAAGUCAAAAUCCCACAGAUUCUAUUUGAGUGAACCAAUAUAUACAUCAAUGUAGAGGUUUUGCAAGUGAGAUUGCAGCACUCCCCUGAUCUUGAAGUCAAUGCCAAGAUUGUUUCUUUUUUUUUUUUGAACUAUUAUUAUGCAUGAAUUGUGUUCAAAUAUUGCAGUAAAUGUUACCUCAUAUUUUCUUUUAUUCGCUUUGCAAGGAAAUGAAACAACAAAUGGAGGAGCAGACAACAGUCUUUGUGCAAAUAACAUACAAAUCCCAGCAGCAAGUUCCAAGACAUAUUUCUGUCGUCCCAAAGCAUAUGGCAGAUAUUUGUACAUCAGAUUACCUGGCAUUACGAUGUUUUUGACGCUCUGCGAGGUUGAAGUUUAUUCCUAUCUUAAAUCAGAAAGUAAGAGCGCUUUUCUUUCCUCCUGUUUAUUUUGUAGGUACAGUAUGUGCAUUCCCAACAUACGUGUGGCUUUACAUACAUGACAAUGCAAUCUGCUUAAGAUGAAAUACAAUUAAAUAAAAUUAAAAAGACACCUAUUAAUAAAAGAUCUCUUAAAGCGUUUUGUUUUAACAGCAGGUAAAAUAAAAUCAUGUCCUCUGUUUCGCAAAACUCUCUGUUUCUUAGGGGGUAAUAGUUGUGAAAACUAAAAUAGCGGACACUUCACUCGUUUCAAGAGUAAGAACUACAGCUGUAACUAGGCGAAAUAAUGGCUAAAAACUGAUAGAAAAAACAGCAAGAAGACAACUCGGAGGGCGACAUCUGCUAUUUGGAGAAUAUUUGCGGGGCUGGACAAGCCUAAACGUUCACUAUCGAAGAUAAAUUUAACAUCGAUCCAGGUAAGAAUGUUUUAGCUAUGUUUUUAAACUAGGAAUUAUUUUGAAUGACUAAUAAAGCAAUUAAUGAAUUCGGCUUUCGUAGGAUAUGAAGAAUUAAGCAGAUGUCGGAGGGUGUUAUCCACCUCGACCUUCGGCCUCUGUGGAUAACACCCUCCUCGAUCUGCUUAAUUCUUCAUAUCCUAGGAAAGCCGAAUUCAUUAAUUGCUAAUUAUCAACCUUUCAAAGGAAUCUGGAAUACUUUGUACUGAUUUAAAAGUGGCUAGUGUCAAACCACUGCUCAAGAAGCAAUCUUUGAGGUCGGAUGAAUUCAAGAAUUUUUAGGCCAAUUUUGAACUUGGGUUUUCUGUCUAAAGUAGUCGAGAUAUGUGUUGCCAAGCAGCUCAUUGAUUAUUUAGAUGCCAAUGGUCUCGCUGUCUCAUAUCAAUCAGCGUACAGGAAACUUCACAGCACUGAGACUGCUUUAAUCCGUGUCCAUAAUGAUAUCGCAAUUGCCUCAGAUCAGAAAAGAUCAGUGAUUUUGCUGCUCCUUGAUCUUUCCGCGGCGUUUGAUACUGUAGAUCACUGUAUCUUACUUUCACGCCUUUCUCGUCGAUUUGGAGUUGGUGGUACGGCAUUGGCAUGGUUUCAAUCGUAUUUGGAUGAUCGCACUCAGUUUGUGAAUACCAAUGGAUCUACCUUCGAGCGACGUGUUCUGCAGUUUGGUGUACCCCAGGGGUCGGUUCUUGGACCUCUUUUAUUCUCAUUGUACACCUCUCCACUGAGUAAUAUCGCCAGUAAGCGUGAACUAAGUUUUCGCUUUUAUGCGGAUGACAGGCAGCUUUAUGUAACAUUCGAGACGUCACCCUUACUGACAUGGAAUUGAGCAAGUAUAGAUUGGAAGCCUGUGUACUAGAAAUUUACACCUGGAUGCUUCUGAAUAAGCUAAAAUUAAAUAAAGACAAAAUUGAACUUCAUGUGAUAUCAUCUUUACACCGUGCUCGACCUCCUUUGUCACAUAUUCAUGUUUGUGAUGAGAGAGUGCUGGCUUCACCAAAAGCGGGUAACAUUGGAGUUCUCUUCGACGAAUCUUUGAGUAUAUAUGGUUCCUCAGGUGACAGCAACGAGCAAAUCCGCAUUCUAUCAUCUCCGUAAAAUUAGGCUCAUUCGUAAACAUCUUACCUUUGAUGCAGCCCAGCUUCUUGCUCGAGCUGUUGUUACAUCAAAGCUUGACUACUGCAAUUCGUUACUAUAUGGUUUACCUAAGAACGUGAUUAAACAGCUCCAACGUGUGCAGAAUGCAGCUGCUCGUGUUGUUACUCUUUCGCCCAAGUUCUGUCAUAUUACAUCUGUUCUUGCGAAUCUUCACUGGCUCUCGAUUUAUCUCCGGAUUGAAUUGAAAAUACUUAUCGUUACCUGCAAGACUCUCCAUGGACUUGCUCCUUCUUAUAUUAAAGAUCUUGUUCAAAGUUACCUCCCGGCACGGGAUCUUAGGUCUUCAAAGAAAAAUCUACUUGUCGUGCCUGUUUUUAACAUAAACAGUUAUGGCCGUCGAGCUUUUUCUGUUGCUUCGCCGCUUCUUUGGAACAGUCUUCCUCAGCAUAUUAGGGAUGCUGGAUCACUGGACAUUUUUAAAAGACAGUUGAAAACUGUUCUUUUUAGACGCGCCUUUUUAAAAUGAUUCCGUGACUGUGGUUUUUUUUAUAUCAGGUCUUAAAUUAUUUUAUCUUUAGUUUUUGAUUUUUAAAUUUUAAAUUUUAACUGUGUUUGUACUUUAAAAUUUUAACUUUAAAUAGCGCCUUUGGACCGUGUGGAAAGGGCGCUUUAUAAGUGUCUCAUUAUUAUUAUUAUUAUUAUUAUUAUUAUUAUUAUCAUUAUUAUUAUCAAAACUAACUAUUAAAACCUAUUUACAAUUAAUUUCGCUGAAGAAGAAAUAUAUAUAUAUAUAUAUGUUUAGUCAAGCACUAUUUACAAGUCAUUUUAUUUCAUAAGUUAAGGUUCUAUUCAUUUCGAUUAAAAAAAAAUAUUCAUUCAAUUAAAAAAAAAAAGCUCAUUUCAAUUAAAACCAAUUCAUUUCGAUUAAAAAUAAAAUAAAAAUAUUAAAAAGAUCCUAAAAUACUAAUAUUGUUAAUAUAUAGAUUUAGCCAGGGCUAAAAGCGAAGCUCCCGUUAAUAAAUUCAUAAUUUAAAUCAAACAAUAAACUUGUAAUCCACAGAUCAGGGCACAUUCAUUUGACUUUUGAGGCAAAGGCUGAGUGAUUUUAGAGAAAAAUCAGAAUUCGACCGUCCAAGAGUGAAACAAAUUUUACAUCAAGUUAUUUUUACACCGAAAAAUAGCAAUCAUGUUCGAUCACAGUAGAUUAGGCCUGGAAAACAAAUAGACCUAUUCGUGUAUUGUAUUUGCAUUAGCUGUAGCAUCAUAAUGUGGCAUUCACCAGUCUCUCCAACAUUGCUCCGUUAGAGAGACUAUGGAUAAUUGGACAACCGCGAAAUAUAAUUUUAAGAAACACAUGCGCCAACGAUAGUCCUUGGUGGCAGCCAAUUUACACGUUGCAUUUGUCUGUCUAAAAGAAAGGCCAAAAUAAAAAUCAGACCGGAUUUUUUGUGUUCGACAAGUUUAGUUUACUAGUAAAUCUUGGCGACGAAUCUGGUGGCGUGUAAACCAGCCUUUUAAACAUACUUUUUCUCAUGACGUCUCAGGUAAACAGUACACAGACCUCAGACAGAAUUUGUUCUUUUUGCCCUAUUUAAACUUAUAAUUCUGCAGUUUUUCACAAUUUUGCAAGAGAAUUUGCACUCAUUCAAUAUCCACGACGAUCAAAGCACGCGCUUCCUUUGCACAACAAAUUAUAGCAUUGAAUUAUAAAACGUUUUCUGUUAGAAAAAUCUGGUCCUAUGUGAUAUGCGGGGUAAUAAUUAUGGGCUUUUAAUGAAAACGAUAAAAAAAAUUCCCAAAAUCACUUUUCGGCCAGCCGGAAGGGGUUCUCACUUUUAACAGGCACCAAAUUUGCAGUGCGAUUAAUAGAGUUACCAUUUACGCUUCAACAUGAUAGAGAAAUUGUUAUGUUUAGGUUUUAUUUCCCUUUAUUCAUUAAACUGUGUAUGAUUUUGUUGUGUAAUCUUUAAAAGCGAGUGAUAUUUACGCGCGGCGUUUUGAGUAUUCCUACAUGCGAUGUUUAUGUUCGACUGGAAACAACCGGUGCAGCGAUGAAAAUUGCGAGAGGGACUACUAAAAAUCAAUAAAAUAAGUUUAAUUCGGUGAAACAUGUACAGAGGCAAUAAUUUUCAUUCACGAAGAGAAGUAUUGAGAGUAAAGUGUCUCAGAAAAUCAUGAGUCAGGCAAGCAUAAGCUUAUUUAUGUUUUAAGCCGGCUUCCCGGUGUUCGCUCUUUUUCAAGAUGAACUCGAGGCAAGAAAAUCGCUCAGAGCUUUCUGUUUACAGCCAAAAUCAUAACUAAAUAAUCUUCGGAACCUUUUCUUUGAAUUUGCGGGUCAAAAAAUGUCUAAAGGCUUUUUAAACCUGAUACUAUUGUAGUUAGAUCAUUGCUCGUGUUUUAACUUAAGUCGCAUAAACCAUACGCUCGACUUCAGGAAAGCGAAAAAAAAAAAACAUCAAAAACAAUAAUGGCUCAAGCUUACCAGUCGAGAUGCUGCUUCUGAAGGUCAUCAAGUGUUCCAGAAUCGCUUGAGACUUUUCAACCUUCUUACGCCUCAAGCAAAGGCAAGUGAGUAAGCUCAUUUUUGAAAACGAUGCCAUCCAAAAUCGGAUUUCCAAUGACUUUGACAAGCGGUGCAUUUGUCAACAAAAAGCGCAAUAAAUAAACCAGCCACUAAUUACAGAACAAUCUUGAUAGCAGCUGUAUUUCAUUUUGUACACCAAGUAGAAAAAGAAAGUUUAAAACAUCACAAGAUGACACAAAACUCUCUCAGCUCCAGCUAUCAGUAAGCAAGUUUCCAGAAGCUGCAAAAAUUUUCUGCAUAAACUCACCUGUCAAAUUUUGACCAAUCAGAACAUAAAAAUUGGACGUAGAGCGUGAUCAACGCGUGACAGUGAGAAAAGUCAAAAGCGAUUGCCUUCCCUGCAUGUAAAUGUAAAAGCCGGUUGAAUUUUCGUGUCCGAGAUCAGUUCGAAAUCAACAUUUUAAAAAUGCGGCUCAUGAAACACGACUUAUUUCAUAUGCAUUUUAAAAGAAUUGUACUUGAGCCUGCGAUCAUUUGAAAAGUAGCAACUUGUCAGCGAAUACCUUCAAAAUAUUACUCGAACUCAGAGGGUCGAUACCUGAGCCCGCGAUAAGGUCAGGCGAUACUGGUCAGAAGAAACACUGUUUUGACAGCUGUCAAUUAAUCAAAACAUGGAUGUACCAUAUCAGGUUGCAGGCUCCCAAACUAGCUAGAAAGUGUGAGAUUAAACAUUGGUAUGCCUGUGGUGCGAACGGACGGAGGGUCGGGUGGUCGAUGUACGGUCACGUGAUUGCCGAAUUUUCUAGGAUGGAUAGAUUUUCUAUAAAGCUAUGGGGCUUCGAAUUGAGCCCGUGAUCAAAUAAAAUAUCAGCGCAAAACUUUAAACACUACGUGACCUCAAUAGAUAGAAAAAUGAGCCCGCGAUCCACUCAGGUGAUGAUGGUCAGCGUAUACUCUAGUUUGACAGCUGUCAAUUAACCUUCAUUAGAAUGGCGAAUAUUCGAAUUAACAGACUACGAGUGUGAGUACGACAUUUCCGUCCGCCAUGUAGUGGAAAAUGCCAGAUCGUGUACCUGAGCGAACCUGAGCCCUCGUUAUUAGUUUUCUGAUAGCGGUCUGCACAUGUCCCAUUUUGACAGCUGUCAAUUGACCUUAAUUUGGCCUGCCAAUGUAACUUUAAACGACUGUCAGCCAACUGACAGCCUUGCUCGGCGUAGUUUCAUUUUUAUGUUGAAUUGGUAAGUGUGACAUAUUAUAUCAGCUUAUAUAUAGGGGCAAAACGACUGGUCUUUUAUCUGAGCCCGCGAGACGGUCAUGUGAUAAUUGUCAUCGGAUGUCUGAUUUUGACAGCUAUCAAUCUAAUCGUACUCAUACGGAUGGCUUACAUAACUAAGAGGCUAGUCGAGUUGUGCAAGAUCUAUUUUGACAUUUGACAUCGGCUUACAUGAAGUGUGUGUACGGACGGGCGUACGCUACGUCAUAACCAAAUUUUCUGGGAUGGAUGGUUUACCAAAUUUUCUUACCCAUGGUGCUCCGCUGCGCGCGCGCGGGAGCUCCGCUAUUAUUAUAGGAAGGAAAAAAUUAUUCAACUGUAAAAAAAUAUGUACAUAAUUUACAGAAAUAUUUGAAGUACAAAUUAAGCACUAUAUAACAUUAAGAAUUAUAUAAAGAAAAAAUAGCAAUGUCAAUAGCGAUUUCGCAUAUAUAUACCUUGCGGCUUAGAUGCGGUCAAUAACUCUUGUAGGCAGUCCAGAGUUUUAAAUUAAGUCAUUACAAAUCCGUCUCUGAUAUUAAAGAGAAAACAAGUCAAAAAGAAUAAAAUCUCGUAUUCCUAAAUUCCUAAUUCUUUAAAAAAAAAAUAUUAUUAUUAUUAUUAUUAUUAUUAUUGUUAUUAUUAUCAUCAGUUUGAUAAGUAUCUGCUAUAAUAAGUUCUAUUAAUGAGUGCUAACGAUCAAAACUCUGGCGAUACUCUAUCUUUAUUCCGCGAGCUCCCAUAUUUUGGUUUUGGCUUAUAGUCAAUAUAAUAAUUGUUUUCCCCCAUUUGCCGACGGAAAAGUGCUAAGAAAAACUCUCGGGCAUUUAUGACCUUAAUCUUUUCAGGCUAAACGUACUUGAAGACCCUAAUCCGGGGGAUAGUCUCUAUAAUCAUCGUAUCCAUAGUCGCCACUAUUCCCCAUAUAGUUUCUACAAUUUAAAAGUGAACUUCCCAGCCGUGUCAGUGAUUCGAGCUUCUCUCUUCUACGUAAUAACAUUAGGAGUCUUAGGCGAAACCUUGAAAACUUUCAAGUUCAUCUAUUGGACGAGUUGAAUUUUGAAUUUAGCAUUAUAGGAGUUUCAGAAACUAGAAUAAUCAGCGGUAAAGAAAUGCAUUUUAAUCCAAGCAUACCUGGAUAUGUUUUCGAAUAUGUUCCGACACCUCUAGCCUCUCACAUUGACAAUUUUAUUGUCUAAAAAGCCUCCUUUUGAUAAAACAACAUCAUCAAACGAAAAAACCGAGGUCUCUUUUACAGAAAAGUAGGUUUCCAAAGGUAAUUGGAAUUUUUGACAAGAAUCAUGAGUUAACCCCUUUGAAAAAAUGCAAAUUUUUCGACCAUAGUAACGUGAUAUUUUUAUCGUCCAAAAAGACUCAUUUGGAGAAAACAUAAUCAUAAAACGACAAAACCUAGGUCUCUUUUGCAGAAAAAAAAGGCUCGAAAGAAAUUUGGAAUAUUUGACCAGAAUCAUUGGUUAACCCCUUUGGAAAAUGCAAAUUUUUUGACUAUAGUAAAAUGACAUUUAUGUCGUGUAAAAAGCCUCCUUUUGGGAAAACAAUAUCAUCAGACGACAAAAACGAGAUCUCUAAUACAGAAACGUAGGCUGGAAAGACAUUUGGAAUUUUUGAUCAGAAUCAUGGGUUAACCCCUUUGGAAAAAUGCAAAUUUUUUGACUAUAGUAAAAUGAAAGGUGUUGCCUUGUAUAUUAAUGAUUGUCUGAAAUGUACUGUUAUUAAAGAAAUAUCUGAUGAGGCCUUCCAGUCACUUUGGAUCGAAAUCGAAACGUCUGUAUAAAGCUUAAAGUUGACAAUAGAUUACAAACGAGAAGUGGAUGUAUUCGGCGUAGUUCAUUAUGGAAGCCAUUACACUUUCAUCCCUUUUAUUCUUUUCUUAUCUUGUUGUUGUUGUUAUUGUUUUUCAAUGAAACAGGAAGGAACCCCAGAUCAAAGCAAUAACAUAAUUUGUUCUGUGAGUCUGUACCUUCUACGUUAAGAAUAAUAACACGAUAAUAAUUCUUCCUCCUUUUUUUCAUAAACUUAGGUUGUGUACUUUUUUUUAAAUUUUUUUAGGUUGUGUACUUGAUCCAGUAGGAGUGUCGGAUAGUAGCAUUAUUUUUAAUCAGAGGUUUUCAGCUUCGUCAUCUCUUAGCGGUCGCAGUCCAUCUGAUGGCCGAUUAGAAGGAUCCAAUGCCUGGAUUCCUGCCACAAACAGUAACAACAAUGAUUUCCUGCAGAUCGAUCUGGGAUCCCUUUACUUUGUUUGUGGAGUAGCAACACAAGGAAAUCCAAAUAAUGAUUAUUGGACAAAAACAUACAAGAUAAAGACGUCCCUGGAUAAUGUCGCGUGGAAAUUCUACUCUGAGGGUGGUUCCGAAAAGGUACAUCCUUUUUUGCUCUAGGUGAAGUAAUAGCGAAAUUAUAAUCGUGGAGACACUAAGUAAUAAAGGAUUGUGUUUACCUCUUAGCCUCGAGAACCAGGAUUUCACAUGCCGAAGUUGCUUUCGUCCCCUUUCUCUCCCUUCCAUUCGCUGUCCUUUCUCUUCUCCCAUCUUCACCGUCUCUAGUUGCCCCCUUCUUUUCUUCCUGCCUCCUGCCUUGCUUUCUUUUUCCCCUCACUUCUACAGCCUUCCGUCCUUGGUCUCUCACCGUUUACAUAUGGCAAACGUUGGGGAAAUAAGUAUUAAAAUGUAAAAGAAACUGACAUAUAGACGUGGCUUAACCCUUUUAAUAUCCUUUGCCUAUUGUUCUGCCGAAGGGAGUCAUCGUCAACGUAGUUGCAAUCCUCAUAAAUAUCGUCUGUUUAUAUGUUCUUGUUUCUCCUGUUAACCGUGAGCGGGUAGGGUUAGACGUAGGCUACGUUAAAAAGGCACUAGGCGAAUUUUCGACCGGUUGAAAAAUUUGACCGGACACGGAACCGUUCAAUAUUUUCGCUCUCUUGACAUGGAACUUACAAACCAGUUUCCGAAUUUUGAUUAUUUUCAGUUGUUUUUCCAUCUACCCAUGCGCAGAACACUACUUCACAUGAAAUCCAGUAUGGCGUCUCCCAGCUGAGUUACCACGCAUCCAUGCAACCACGCCCUUGCUACACAAAAAUUUAGAUGGUUAUGGUGUUCACACCUCUUGAUUUUGCUCAUUUCAAAUGUUUGAACGGCUAGGCGUUCAAGUUUUCGUACGGUUAGCGUGUUUCCGUGCGAAUGAAACACCUAAACGCACGAAUUUGUCUUUCAUCAGAAUUUUAUCGAAAUUUUUGUUAAUUUGCUUUUAGAUAUUUACUGGAAAUGAUGACAAAAACAGCAUUGUAAGAAGUGAACUAUAUGAGCCACUUGCUGCCAAGUUUAUUCGUUUUUAUCCAGUUACAUUUCACAACAGCAAAGCAUUAAGGGUGGAGGUGUAUGGAUCUGAGCAAGGUUGGUCUCUUAGUACCUUUCCAAUACAAGCAGUUCAAAAGACAACCACAGCAUUAAAAAAUGCACUUUGAGUGUCAAUGUAUUUAGCACGAAAGUACUAAUUGGGGACACUAUUAUUUACGUCUGCUACUGGAGAAGGGACCGCCAUUUUACCUUGUCAUUCGAGCCACGCGAAGGUCUACCCGUCUGCAGAGUAAAGAAAGUACCUUCAUUUCUCAGUUAUUUUAAGACCCUGAGUAUUUGUUCGGCCCCAGGAAUCGAACCCGCGACUUCUCACUCUGCAGUCGAACGCUCUACCGACUGAACUAACCCUGCUGCUAAAUUCUGGUUUGUACAUACGAUGCAAGGAAACUGACUUACCACUUGGUUAAGUGCUCAGUUUUAAUAGGGAGCUUAAGCGUGCAACCACGACGGCGACGGAAUCAACGUCUCAUCAGAUCACGCUAAAUUUGUCAAAUGUUAGAGAUUUUUUCUCGAGUUGAGUUCUAAGGGUCUGUAUCUCAGUUUAAAAAAAAAGAAAGGAAAGUAGUUGUCUUGUAUUACAUUCUCAAUGAAACGUGAAAUUAAGAAGUUUCACGUCGUUGUCGUACCCUUGACGCCAAAGGAAUGUACAAAAAUACGUAAUGCUCGUGCAAAGUUGUUGUUUGCUUAUAAGGCUCCGUCACACGUAUCCGUUUUUGGUUGAAAAUGGAUAUUUUUCUCCGGUUAAGCUUACCGUCCGCACUCACUAAUUCAGUGAAAACGGUCACAGAAAACGCACCCUUUCAAAAACGUUCUCCAGUGUGGAGAUUUUUGAAAACGUCGGCUUUUCUUUUACGUGUGGACGGACGAAAACGGUUUCGAAUUCGGAAUACGAUGAUGUCAUACAUCAUAUACUUCUAGCAUAACGCAUGCUCAAUAAUGAAGCUAUGGUAUUUCCAUCGUUUUAGCGUUUUCGUGUGGACGGGUGACUACGAUUCGAAUAUGCUACGUGUGGUUGUGUAUUUGUUUGAAAAUGGAGGUAAAAAUCUCCGUAAUCAAAAAUAUCCGGAUACAUGUGGGUGGGGCAAAACCUAUUGCUUUUUUGCCGUUGUUGUCGUUGGUUAGGCUUCCUAAUUACUGCCUGACCAAUCUUUGUACAUCUAUGGUGAUUAUUUCACGUUUUCUUGUUUCCUCUCUGUUUAUUUUUCUCCUUUACUUUAGAAAAAGGGUGCUUUUAAUAAUUGGAUUUACUAUAUUGAUUUUGUUCCUCCUCGUUUGUUUCCUUCUUUGUCAUUGUAACUAAUAUGGAGCGAAUGGAAAUUUUUUCAAGAGUUCAAAAACUCAUUAAUAAUUCAUAAGGAAAAAACAAAAGAAAGUUUAAUGAGUGAUUUAACGGGAGCACCCAAUGACUGUUUUUGAAAUAUCUGUUCUGAGAACAGAAUUGUCUAGAUUUUUUUUAGAUGACCGUUCCACUCAUGUACAAUUUUUGAAGGCUAUCUAAUAAAUUCCUACGAUUUUGUGAAGCUAAUUUUUUCCAUUUCACUCCCCAGGUUAAGCCUUUUUCAAUAGAGAAAGGAAUUUUAAACCUAAAAUUUUUGGAACCAAAAAUGUGAUGCAGACACAAAUUCUCACUUUCGUAAAACUCUAAACUGCAGCUAAAAUUUUCGGGAAAAUAAUGCUGAAGCUCUUGUAAUUUCGAAAAGACUCAACUAACCCUAGGAAGACCGAACAGAUAAAAAAAUUUUUAGCCCUAGUUAGAAUACAUUUCUAGAGAUCUAAGAGUACUCUGGAUAUCCUAAAAAGUGUUGUCAAUGCAUUUAGGAGGAAACCGUCGUUGGGUGCCCCUGUCUUUAUAUCUGAUAAACAGAUGAACUUUACGUCACGUUUUUAGACCAAAAUGACCCCAAAUCUAAAUAUCAGUGUAAGAAUGAGUUGAUCUUUAUCAGGAUUUUUGAAGUCGUUAAAAAACUCGCAGUCUGUAUUAUCAGGUUUAAAACCUGAUAAUCGAAACCGCUCGUUUUUAAACAGUACAUUUAAUUUUUCUUAAUUAAUAUGCCAUAUUUCCUAAUGUUUUUACAGGUUGUUUUGUAUCGUUCAAGAAUGAACGCGGUAAAACGAGGGAUUUUACAAUUACAAAAUCCUCAGAAGAUGGUGGAUAUAAAGCUAUUUGGAGUCGCCUUUAUGGUACUCACGGUUGGUGUAGCUUUUCAGUAUCCCUACCCCAGUACCUACAGGCUGAUUUCGGACAAAUUGUAACAGUCACAGGCGUGGCCACUCAGGGAGAUGCUCAAAGGAACAACUGGGUGACAAGCUAUUUAAUCCGCUUUGGAUAUGAUGGUAAAACAUGGAUUAGUUACGGAGCAGGACAGGUAAAUUUUCAACAUGUAUUCAUAUAUCUGUGUGGAUUUGCUUAAACUGAGCUCCAGGAGUUUUUCCUUGACAUUCUCAUUUCGGGCUCGUUUACUUUACUUUUUUCUUUUUUAUAACGUUUUGAGUACACAAAUCGUCUAACAAACUGCAGUAGGCAUUAAAUCAGGUUCAUCCUCGGUGUAAAAACCUUUGAAACUCACGAGUGACGUAAAACAAUGAAUACAAAGAGCCACUGAGAGGCCAACACAAUAGAGCCAAGGAAAAUAAAAGCUAGAAAACAAAGAAAAACUUCACAUUUUACACCGAGAUAAACCCUAAAAUCAUGUGUUUAUAAUGCUGUCUGCAUCUUUCUUCAUCCUCCUCCCUCGGCCCUACCACGAACACCAUUACCUGCGAUCAUUUCGCACAAUUCUCAUUUUCGUGUGAUAAAACAAUCCUACUUGAAAUCAGCGCGCGCGAUAGAAGUUGUUUUCUGUAGUCGGUUAAUUUUCUAGUUUUCCUUUUGGCCGCCUGGAGCAAAGUUUUCCGGAAGGCAUUAUUAAACCUUAUGAAGGAACAAGUCUCAAGAUUGGCAAUCGUCCAACAAGGGCUCGAGACAGAAAAGUAUCAUAUUGCGAGCUUUGUUGUAAGCAGUGACGAGUCUCUGGCCUCAAAACGUAGGUUGUAGGAGUCGAACAAUGUAGCAAUUUGUAGUCCGACUGUCCGAUUACAGCCUGCAAUUCGAAGCUCCGCAAUGAACCUAUUUGUACAUUAAAUGUACAAAUAGGUUUUUUGUUGGACAUAAUGAGUAGACAGAUAAAACAGAGGACAUUUUUACCCUAAAGCGGAAGAUUUACUUAGUGCUUAAUGUAUUCCUGACAACUUUUCUUGUUUGUCCGUUAAUUAUUGGAACUUCAGUCGAGGAACGGGCCCCUGAAGGGACAUUUGCAACCCCGCUUAGGCUGACUCGUCCCCAGUCACGAGAAGCGUGACCGAAGGGAGCGCGAGGGGUGAUGGAAAGGAGAAAAAGGAGAAAAAUUUCUCCUUCCCAUCACCUCUAGCGCUCCCCUUCAGCCGAUUUGGGAAUAUACCACACAGAUUGUGGUCUCUUGUAAAUAAAAUUAUUUGUAUAUCUCCACUUACUUUGUUCUUGAUCUACCACUCAGCAUUUGACUGGAAACAGCGACAGAAAUACCAUUGUUGUCCACUUGUUUGCUUCCCCGUUUGCAGCGCAAUAUGUCAGAAUAUUUCCCAAAACAUAUACUGGUAAAAUAUGUAUGAGAAUGGACUUGUUUGGCUGUAAGGAUUGUAAGUAUAAUUUGUUAGAAGGGAUUUAAAAAAAAAUUGAAUGAAUGGCAUACAUGUGCUGCCCGUAUACACAGUAAAUAAUUUAUAAUAAAAAUUAAAAAUUAAUAACUUGCCUUUUCCAUGCAAAUGUGAUCAAAAGCGCGUUACAAUGCUUUAAAUGUUAAAAAAGAAACUAUAAGAUGAAAUGUACAUUUUAAUUUGGGCUAAAAAGUAACUUAAGCUUAAAAACUUGAAUAAACAAACGAGCUUAAUCUUGCCAUCACUGUGCUAGGCGCUUGUAGCUAGUCUCACACGCAGCCGUUUUUGUCUCGUCAAGCAACGCUCCUCCCAUCUUGCUUCCUCAGGUCACCAAUCAGCCUCAUCUUGCCCGCCAGCCGUAUAAUAAGUACAGCUGCACUUUCUAGCGUGCGCAAAGGAAUAUUGGAUGGAGAUAUCUACCGGCUAACUGCUACCGUCGAGAAGUGAAUUUUGUGAAUUUUUUUUCGUAAACGGUAAUGCAAACUUUUCUGUCAGAAGACAGUGUUUGUAUAGGUCAUCAUACGACUUCAAGUUCAAUUUGAAAUUUAUUUGCAUGAGUGUGUUUUUCAAAAAAGUAUCAAACGGGCAAAAAUUUACUACAUCAAAACUCGUCCUCACAACAUCCCCACAAUACAAUUCGAUCGGCACAACACUUGAACCCAGUCUCACGCGCAACCUCAAAGUUGCCAAUAAAGAUUGCGGCGCCUGAUUGGUUCUUAAACAUUUCUAUUGUUUUUUGCCAAUCACGGUUCUUCAUUACCUGAUAAUUGAAUUAUAUUUCCUCGUUUUUGCACUCAGUUUACUUAUAGGCUUUUUACAGUCCAUUAUUUUUCCGUAAGUUCCUCGAGAUCAACCGCUUUAGUUACAGGCGGCUAUGUACCUUGGAUUUGUAUGAAAUCUACUUUCUCGCCUCCCUCCCCCGACAUAAACCCCACAUGCUAUAAACCCCGACACCCGCCCCUUGGUACAAAUGGAAGCAAGAUGGCCGCCCGUACCGGUAAGCGCAUGAUCUUAAAACUGCAUUGCUCUCAGCCAAUCAGAUUCAAUAAACCUAAUCGUCUGUAAAACUGAGAUAAUGUAUUUGAUAAGUUUCCAAAGUUAUUUCUUGUCGUCUUUACAUUGUUUAUUUGCUUGUCUUUUUCAGACCAAGUUUCGUUGGCGUUAAACAUUAAUCUUGACGAUGUUCGUUUGAUAGCCGACACUAGUAAAUCUGUGACUCUAACCUGUGUGGCUAGUUACAGCCCUAGACAACCCUCUGGGUAUAGUUGGAGAAAAGACGGAACGGGGCUGUCUGACACAACCUCCUCUCUUACCAUCCCUUACAACAGUGCCAGUAAUAUCUACAGUAACUCUUGUGCAAGAAAGCUUCAAUCAGCCAGUGAAGUCCAGUGUAAUUCAACCUACCAAUGCUCUGCGUCACUUUCUGGAAUACAAAGCAGGCAUUUUACCACUGCAAAUGUUAUUGUGUCUUUAAGUAAGCAAAAACUUAUGCGUACCUUGGAACGCCUUUUUGAUCGUUAUUGUGUGUACGAAAAUUAAUUUAAUAUUAGGGAACACGCAGUUUUCAAGAAUUUAAUAUUGCAUUCCAAAAAUGCAUGACUGUAAACGGUAUUAGGUGAAAGAAGUACUUUCUAAAAAUAACACCUCAACCUUCAACGUUUUCUAAGUGGUUAACGUAUUUCUCUAGAAAAGAUAUUAUCCCUUUUUUCAGUGCGUGCGUUUGUUUAUUUGUUGAUUUAGUCACCUGUUCAACAGUUUAAGUGCUGCGUAUUAGAUAACCUUAUAAAUUAGGCUCAUAGUGAGGCACAUUUUUGUUGUUUUCAGAGAAACCAGGCCAGCCAGUUGUUCAAGUUAAUCCAAGUGAAGUUAAUGCAAGAUCAGCAUUAGUCACAUGGUCGUAUAGUCCUGGAGUGGAUGAAAUGCCUGUUACUGCCUACAAUCUUGAGUAUCGAAAUAGUACUUCUACAGAUGAUAUAACUUUGGGAGUUGUAUUAAGAAAACAGAUUAUCAACCUCAAGCCAUACACAGCCUACAUUGUUAGGUUGAUAGCCACAAGUGUCUUAGGAAAGGGUCUGUGGAGUAAUUUCCAGAAUUUCACAACAAAAACUGCCAGUAAGUGAUGAUGCAAAUUAGAUGCAGUUCUGAGAAUGAUAAUUCUUGUUCUAAAAUAUGGACCGCCACAUCGUUGUAGCGGCUCCACUCAGUCGAGUAAUGAAGUAUCAACUACUCAUCUAACAUAUGUUUCCAUUAAAAUCUGAGGAACUGUGAAAGGCGUGUAUGCAAACUAAUUCCACGUUUUUCCUUGUAGUAAUCAGGCGUCCGGUCAUAGGAUAGAACUAUUCAGAUUGAGUAUCAAUUAAUUUAAACUUAACCUGUUACUUUCCCCUUUUAGAGCCUGAAGUCGAUGUCCAGAUCGUGAGUGUAACAAGUCCUACUACUUCCUACUUUUUUUGCAGAACCAAGCGCGCCACCUCAAAACAUAACCUCUGAAAAGAUGAACGAAACAACUUACAAAAUAAGUUGGAAUCCCCUUCCCAGAGACAAGACCAAUGGUAGAGUGAUCGCAUAUGAAGUGAAUCAGACAACGCUUUCUAUUACACGCACUACAAGAUCCGCGUCCACUCCGUCAGUUCUACAAAACACAACAGACACAUUUAUCGUUUUAACUGGUCUUUCAUCGUGCUCUGUUUACAAAGUUGAAGUGCGUGCCUACACUUCUGCUGGGCCAGGAGUCUUUGGUAGACUUACUCGUAACAUCGCGACUUCAGGUAUUUCACUGCCACAAGUCGACUUAAAACGGACACGAAAGGGACAGUGCCGAGUGUGCGCGUUAUAGAGGUGUCCCCUUAGAGAUAGGUAAAGUUUUGCUUCUUUGAGAAGAACUGUCCAAAAUAGAGAGGUGUUAGGAUUUGGUAGAUCUCCAAGGGAAACUGAGCCGCUUCUUUGACAGAACUAAUAUUAAGCUACACAGGGAAAACUUUCCGUUCCAAAGAAAGCAAAAUACACAAUCGUCGAAAAUGUUCUUUGCCGGAAGGGCGAUGUAUUUGACUCGUUCUCAUAGAUUGUGUGUUCAUCCCUUACAAACAUUUCAAAUGAUCAUUACUGAUUGGUUGUAGUUCCAAGUGAACCAACAAACGUGAAGACGGAAAAUCCUGGUAAACGAAGCAUAACCUUGCGGUGGGGUAAACCGAAACUACACGGGGAUGAUGUACAACGUUACAAGGUAACUUUUGACUUUCCUUAUAACGAAUAUUUAUAGAGUUCUAAAGUGAUGACGCCAUAAAAAUCAAAUUUUUGAAAUUAUGGGAUUCGCUGGAAUAUUUUGAAAGAACAUGUGAAAGAAAUAAUUCCAAUGCCUCGCCUUUUUCUUUGAGAUAGAACCAUAAUUGUGCAAUUUUUGCGUGUUUUUUCAUGUAUUCCUCGAAUAAACACCAAAUUCUUCUGAUUGCAAGCGGCGUUUAAUUGAGUGAAUAGUGGUAACUGUGAGAUCGACUACACACUUCGCCCCAGUCCUCUGACAUUGGAUCAUAUACAAUGUAUUCCGCCUUAACAGGGCACCUUACGAAUUUUCGACUCCGCCUCGUGUAAGGAAAUCCAGGAUAGUUUUGGAUUCUGGAUUCAACGCUGUGGAUUCCGCAUUAUAGGUACUGGACUCCAGUAUUUGUCAGUAGAACUUGAAUUCUGGAUUCAUUGAGAUGUAAUCCGGCUUCCAAAACCCAGGAAUCCGGAUCCCUUUGUAUGGGGCGAUAUUACCAGUUGCAAAUUCGUGCGUUUAGAUGAUCUGUUCACGAAACCACCUUAACCGUGCGAAAAUUUAUACGCCUCGCCGUUCAAAGUUCCGUGUGGAAAAGCGAAAAUAUUGAACGAUCCCGUGUGAACGAAGAGUCCGGUCAAAUUUUUCGGCCGUUCGAAAAUUCCUUGCUAUGUCGGCGUAGCCUUAUAGACAACCAUAUAAUUACGUGACAGUUAUUGAUGUAUACCGCAGAUAACCUUUAAAGGUACAAAGGAUUAUUAUCCAGAAUUUAAACCGCAUACUGGAAUUCAAGAAACGGAGUGUCCGACGUUAAGAUUGACAAUCACCAAUCUGGUCCCUGGUACAAAGUAUGCUUUUGUUGUGAUGGCUGAAACCUACUGUGGCCACGGAGGCAACAGUUCUAUUGCGCAGGGAAGCACAAAAGUGGAUGGUAAGUUAUUUACUGUGUGUGUACGUUCCGUUGUUCAAUAACGAUGUCCUCUUAACUAUUUUCCAACUUUCCAACAGGGAAAAUCCGUUUGUGCUGAUAGAUGAGGGCGAAGAAACCAACCAGUGAUAACACUGAAUUAAAAAUAAAUCAAAAACAAAAACAACAAAAUUAAAAUAAAAAACAAAAACAAAAAACAUACAGAAACAAAACGUAGGAUAAUUUUCUUUCGAGUAGAACGUACAUUGCACGAAAAAUUUACUCCGUGCAAAUUUAGUGCAAAAAAUUGCAAACUAAGGUUAAAUAAAAGGCAAAGAUGGUAAAUACCGCAUUUGCACUCAAAUUUACAACCCCAUGUAAACUGGCGAGCAAAUGCAGUAUUUACCAUCGUUGCUUUUGAUUUACCCCUAGUUUGCACUUUUUUGCAGUAUAUUUACUCGAGUAAAUUUGUGUAAAUCCAAUUUUUCGUGCAGCGAUAAUAAAUUAAACUAAUUAUUGCGACCGACAACAGGAGCCCGCAAUCCUGAUCUGCGGGUUGCUAUUAAGCAUACGUGGGAUGCAUGUAGCCAGCAUUCGUUUGAACUUCCACUAAGAAUGAAUGGAAUGCACAGAACGCGAUUUGAUCACGUGCGUUUGGAUCUUCUAUCGCUCGUAAUGUGACCACACGUGUUUCGACCAUCUAUCACGUAAACGUUAGCAAAGCACAGCGAUGUUGCAAAUGCGUUUUGAUCUUCGAUCGUUGUCGUCUGCACUCCGUAAACUUUGGUUAUUGCUAGUCAUUAUCAUCAAUAAAGAGGGUUAGAGAGAUGGGAGUCCUCAUUUUUUGGUAGUGGGCGGAGGGGGGCGGGGUUGGGGGUGAUCUCAUUGAAAAAAUAUUCGAUAAUUGGAGGAGCAAGAAAUGUUACUAAGUACAACCAGCCACAUGAAGUAAUUGAAAGGAGCAGAAAACAUCGAUGAACUGGAACUACAGCCCAUAAUUAUUCUCAGAAUCUUUCUACACAGAAUAGAACCAAUGCAAUAGAAUAGCAUUAGAAUAGCACCAUAGCAAUCGAUCGAAUUUCCGGUUUCCCUGUGUAAAUGGCUAAAAAGUCUCCUAUUUUCACUGUUAUCUUUUGCUCGGCUUACAGCACCUUUGGCGCCUGUAAACCAUGACGUCCACGUAAUCGAAACAAAAGGAACAUCUGUGAAUGUCACAGUGUGGCAUGCAUCACAAACCAAUGGUCCCAUCAGGUAUGAGUCAUCUUAUAACCCCUUAAAAAUAUUAUACAACUGUAAACAAGUACACAAAGAGAAAAUCUUACACAUGGCUGACGUAAAUGGAAAUUUUUCCUUUGCUUCGCCUCUACUAUUAAAAUAAUAGUCUUCAAAAUGUCAAAGUUCAGUGACGAAUUGAUUGCACUUCAAGACUUGCAAACCUAUUGUCUCACUGAAUCAUGUUGCCGGCCGAAUCGUUAUGUGUGAUAGUGUUACAAACCAGAGAAGAGAAGUCAUCGGUAAAUAAUUUUGAUGUUCCUCGCUUGAGGUUCAUUUUGACUUUGAUUGUGGACCGACUUCUAGCCGUUUGUAAAUCCAUAAUUUUUUGAGCAGUUAGAAGUAAAAGCUUUCUAGCAUGUGUUUUUCUAUUUUGUUUUUAUUUUUCUGAUACUGACAGUGAUUAUCAAGUUUUGGUGCAAAAAGUGAAUGACUGGUGUAACGAGGUUUCUGACUGGAAGACACUUGGAUCAGAUAUAUAUAUUGCUGCUCAAAUCCCCGGUAAUUCUGUGAAUCCAUCCAUGGUUUUUGAGGUCGGAGAUGGUAAAACAUAUGAUGGUUAUGAAAACAAGCAACUUUCAAAUGGUCAGAAGUACAAGAUAUAUUCCAGAGGAUUGGCUCGCCGCGCAACAAAGGUAAACGAGUUCAACAGCGAUGUUGCGCGUUUUACCAUCAUCGUUCGAACGUACCGCGUGUUUUAAAACAAAAUCGGUUGCAAGUUUUUUUAGUGGGUGGUAAAACGCGCAACAUCGCUGUUAAACUCGUUUUGCAGUAAUGUUGAAAAAUUAAACAAGUUGCACGUUUUUUGUUGCUCGUUUUACAGGGUGAACUUUUUUAAAAGCGUGUGUGAUAAAAGCUAUACAAGGGUCUUAACCUUCAUUACGCAAACUUCACUAAAGUGUACAAAUUUCAUUUUGUAAAUCCCCGAAAAACAAUGCUUCUGUGCAAAAAACAGUUGCCGAGGAGAAUUCGUUUGAGUCGUCGUACCAUAGAAUUUCAGUUGAUAUAGUUUUUCCAACAUCAACUGCCUUAUUAAAGAUUUAUUACGGUUAAACUCACAAAAAAACAGGUUAUUACGCUCGAGAAGAGGAGCCCGCAAUCCUAACCUGCAGGUUAUUAUUACGCAUGCGUGGCAUGUAUACAGUCAGCACUAGACAGAAUCUAUCCUCUUUUUCAGAAACGUUCUGUGGAUCAAAACUAUUUGCUUGGUAAAGCAAGUCUAAUUGCCAAAGUUCAAAUAGAGAAAGGUAAGAUUGUUUUUUUCAUAUUUUGUGUGGGAAUAGCCUUUCUUUAAAACGUUCCUUUCAUUGACUGAAUCAGAAACAAGAAAGGUUGAGCACUUUCUGUUUUCCUGUUUCGCAUUUCAUUUUAUUUCUGUGACAAAAUUAAAAGCCAGUGGUCCCGCUUCGAUAACGAUUAUACGGCAAUACCGAAAACCAGAAGUUAUUUUCAGUUGCGUAAGGGUACGAUCACGAAAUGAUGUAAUGCAGAAGGUUGAAAAAACAAUGGCACCAAAAAUAGUUCUUGCUUAAACCAGAAACAGCACAAAAACCCUGUUAAUUCAAUCACCCACCGGCAUGGACCACGGAAAUUUGUACGUAAUAAGGAGGUUUCCUAUGGUGUGACCGGCCAUUUAAGUGAAUCCUCUUCAGCAGUAGUUUUAGAUGGAACUUUUAACUUUUCAUUAUUGCUGAGAGGGCCAUACAUGUAGUUGACAGACAAAUAGAAUGAGGAACUAUAAUUGGCUUAUUGACUUCAGACUAACUGAUAGAUAGAGAAAACUCUUCCAUGCACAGACUGAAUGAUUCAGUGAGACACUGUGAUUCACCUACCAGAAAGAGUCAGAAUGACGGAUCAGCUAAACUAAUAACCACCUUCAGACUCACUGACUGAUUGACUGACUGGCUGACUGACUGACUGACUGACUGACCGACUGACUGACUGACCGACUGAUUGACUGUCCGACUGAUUGACUGACUGACUGACUGACUGACUGACUGACUGGUUGGAAUGUUCUUUCACUCAUUUUCAUGCUCAAACCUGCAGACAGACAGGGAGGGGACACCGACUCACAAUCAUGGGACAAAUCUUCAAACACAGGUUUGUUAGUUGAUUUUUUAUAGUUUCCCAAUACUAAUUGUAAUCGAACUAAAAGACGGUUUAUUUUAGGAGCUGAAUUUUGGAAAUCUAUGCAUUAUAAGCAACAACCAAGUUCCCAAAAUCCUCUCCCUCCGUUCCUUUGAGGGAAGAAGGGAUAUGACGUAAAGAUGGGAACGAGGUUGUAUUUAGAAAUCGGCUAUUGAUUCACUGAGUGACCGGAACUUUAACAUUGCAGCAUCCGUAAUAUCAUCCGUCGUCUUAGGGAUUGCAUUGGUCAUUUCUCUUGGAGUGCACCUUUACCAAUGGCGUGCUCGGGGAAUUUCCAAAUCUGGCAAAAAGUAUUCUACCGAGGAAUUACAAGUCGAAGCUCACCAAAAUGAAGGAG